GUCAAUCUGCAACCCAUGUAUAGACCAACCUCCUAACACUAAGUUUAUUUUUUCACUUUCAAAAAAAGAAGGCUAAGAUACUUUUCCUUAAUUGCUAAAGCUAUGACAGGCAAAACCCCCCAUGCCACCAUUCUUCGAAGUGAAGCCCUCAAGAAGUACAUUUUAGAAACCACAGUUUAUCCAAGAGAACAUGAGUUACUCAAAGAACUUUCGAAGGCCUCAUUCGACAAGUAUAAAGUAGCGAGCUUUAUGGGUCUUCCACAAGAUGAAGCCCAAUUCCUGUCGAUGUUCCUAAAGAUCAUGAAUGCAAAGAAGACAAUAGAGAUUGGAGUUUUCACUGGCUACUCUCUACUGGCUACUGCUCUUGCUUUGCCAGAAGAUGGCAAAAUAAUAGCAAUUGACCCGGACAGAGAAGCAUAUGAGGUUGGAUUACCAUUCAUUAAGAAGGCUGGUGUAGAACAUAAGAUUGAUUUUAUUCAAUCAGAGGCCUUGCCCUUUCUUGAGAAACUUCUCUCUGAGGAAAAAGAAGGGACGUUUGAUUUCGUGUUCAUCGAUGCUGAUAAGGAGAAUUAUCUAAAGUACCAUGAAAAAGUGUUAAAAUUGGUGAAAAUUGGAGGAGUGAUAGGGUAUGACAACACACUAUGGCAUGGGACAGUUGCACUUUCAGAGGAUGAUCCCAUGCCGGAAGGUCUAAGAGCAUUAAGGGAAUUUAUUAUGAAGGUCAACAGCUUUUUACCUACCGAUCCUCGCGUUGAAAUAGCUCAGCUUUCAAUUGGCGAUGGCCUUACCCUUUGCAGGCGUCUCUACUAGCAGCUCUCUGCUGUGAAAAAUGAUUUAUUUGAUAUUAUGGAUGACUGGUCAUAGGGGGAUUACGGACCUCCCUCUAAUUUCUUGUUAAGUUUUUAAUUUCAGUUUCUUCAAUUCCCAUAAAUGCUCAAAAGCAUUGCUUGCUUUAAUUUCGUCUAUUAGCUGAAAGACCUGUAUCAUGCGCGUGUUUGCAAUUUAUAAAAAUUUAUUUCUA